AUGGAAGCAGAUUCCAUGCAUUCGGCUAUAGAACGAGCUAAGAGAAAUAUUUGUGUAUAUUCACCAGAAGAAUGGCCAACUAUACUUAGACUGGCAAGACGAAAAAAUCCGUACGCUGUAGAAAGGCUUAACUACAGUGAUAUUAUUGAUCUCAAAACGGCGUUCUCAAAAUUGAACCAUAACUUGAAGAAAAAUGUCAACAAUGAAUCGGUAAAUUGGCUUAAAAUCAAGGUUCUCCAAGUAAUAAAAAGUGAAAAGAGACAAUUGUUAUACAAGGAACAAUGGAACGAAGACUUCAAAGUGAUUGAUAUAGAUGGCUCGAGAAUGAAAAAGAAAGGAGUCACAAAUUUUACAUUAACUCACAAAUAUAAAAAAGAACUACCAAUUUCUGACACAAAAUUGAAGGAUCUCAAAGAUUUAUGCAAAAAAAAUGUAAUUCCUCCCGGCUCACAGACAUUUUUUUUGAAUUUACAAGGAGGGAAUAAUCGCGAUUGUUUAGAUGAACCAGACAGAUUCGAAGAAGAGGACGAAGACGACAAUAAAUAA